CCAGUUGUAAUGUCCUAGAUGUCAAGGUUCAAGAGAUGUCAGCAGUAACGAUGUCGAAUACGGUGGGGUAUGGCAAUUUUCCGAAACCACGACCCGUUAUCAGAAGGGCAGUGACCCACUCACUAUGUCCUAUCUGUUUAUUUGGGUGUGCGGCCUGUGAUCGAAGUGGCAAGGAAUGUCAUUCACCAGCCGUGUGGCGCACACCCCCACAAGAACGCUGGUUGAAUGCAUAAUACAUAAUGAUCUACUUGGGCACACAGCCUCAAGCCAGUUGUGAUUACAGCCGCGUCAAUCCUUGGCGGUUGGUGAGAUAUGCGGAACUCUUAUCGUAAUUAUACUCCUUGUUGCGCCAAUCUACUCAACGGCCUAAUUAAUCUUAACUGCAAACCGCUGGAUUCCGUGAUGUUCCGAGUUGUGUAUGGCUUGGUGGGAUCAUCCUGAAUAGAAGCCAAGUGCACAUGUGAUCUUGUGACGUCAUGGGAAGCGGAGCCACAAAAACCCUCACCACCUCACCGGACGAACGCGGUAUGGUGCAUCGCGUCAUCAUCGAGGAUAGCGUCAUAUCGCGUGGCAAGCGGAAGUUCACGUGUCCUGGUCGUCUGGUCGGGAGCUGGAGGGCGGGAGAAGUAGUCGUUGUGAAAGUCCUGGAAAAGUCCGUCCCCGAUGAACAGUACUGGGAUGAGGAGAUCGAGAAAUGCAGAAGGCUCAGAGAACACAUCAUAUCCUUCGGCAAGACUGUAAACCUACCGAUAAAAAUUCACGUCGAAUUUCCAAUGACUGCCUACGUGGACAAAGCAUCGAAAUGGAUGAAGAAGAAGAUGAAGCUUAAAGAAGGGGAAUUUGUGCUUGUUGAGGAGCCGCUGGGAGAGGACUAUGCCGAACUGUUGGACUCGUGUGGUAAAGUAGCAACCAAGGUGCCUCAGGGUGUUGCCGACAUUUUGGGCGAACUGAUGCACUUCACCUAUCAUGAGUCAUGCCGGAAGGACAUAUUUUGUGGUUUUCAAGGAACAGUUUCAGGGAAUGUUGUGUGUCUUUCCGAGCCGACAGUCCAUUCGGUAGACACCAAAUACAGGGAGACAGACAUGGGGUUGGAAGGCAUCAUAGAAGCGUUCAUCAACCAUAGGUGUACGGCAAGGUGCCAUGGCUGGCUGAAGCCAGGCGGGGUGAAUCACACCAAGUUCGAGUCAAUAUGCACUACGGUAUAGGGAGGUAGCCUUUGUAUAUUGUGUUGUUUUGGACGGAACGUGAAUAACCUGCCUUCAAUACUCACAGAUCAUUCGAGGUGCAGCUGUGAUCAUGCUGUCAUGGCUUACGCUGGCCGGAAGUGACAUCAGCCAAGGUUGAGGACAUCCGUGUCGCCUUUGUGUAUACAUGUAUAUAUAUGAUGACAAUGGUGUUAUAAGCUGUUACGUUUCUGAAGACUCUUGGAUUAUGGAUUUUUCCAACAUUUUAUGGGCAAUGUUUAGCCAUCGAAGUUUGACUUUGUUAACUUUGACAUUACCAUUGUGUUUCCAAGUGAUAGACUUGCGUUAUUGGACCAUAAAUGACGUACAGUUUCCGCCGUUAAAACAGUGUCAUGAAUAGAGUUCCGUACAUUCCAUGAUGUCUGUAUGGCGUCUGAAAGGACAGUUUCAGCCAGUCGUGAAAGUAAUAUGUACUGACAAUACAUAGCGUGUGAGGAACUAUCGGAUCUGGCUAAAGUUCUCCCUUUGUUAAGAUAUGUUAUUGUUCAUACGUAGUUACGAUGCACACAUUGUAUAUACUGACGUUUUAACCAAGGCCCUACUGACAGUCAGUAUCAAUCGAAUAGUAUACAAAGGAACAUGGUGGACAGAUUUCCUUAUAAAAUAACUAGCACGAUUUCAUUGUAUAACUUUGUCCACCAUGCAAAGCCUAUUUCUCUCGAGGUUGUACAACACGGUGUCCUUUGGUGCUAUCUACUACAAAUGAAAACAUGACAAUAUUUUAUUUGGCGUGUAAUAGAUAUUUAUUGGAAUAAUAUUAUAUACCAUCAAUCUUCAAUGGAGUCCCCUUGAAGUAUUCACCUGAUUAAUGCACUGUGCACAAUCGAACUAUCUGUAAUGAUCAAGUUCAGAUUUAUUGUAUUUUCCUCGAUCCCUUGUCAUGUCAGCAUGUAUGUAUAUUAACGUCAAAGUGUCUAAGUGUAUAUAAGAUAUACUUGCUGGCGCCACAGUAAAUAUAAAGUCAGUAUUACUAUGCCUUGUUGACCUCAGUCGGUUCACAGGAUGAUAUGUGCAAUAAACACGGAUCUCAGA